GGUGUGGAUUUGUUAAAUAUUUUCAUAGAGAAAUGGCGAUGGCAGCUAUUAAUGCGCUUAAUGGAAUAUAUACAAUGAAAGGGUGUGAUCAACCAUUAAUUGUUCGGUUUGCUGAUCCUAAGAGGCCUAGAGCUGGAGACCCAAGGGCUAGUCCUGCAUUUGGGGGUCCAGGUUUUGGUCCACGGUUCCCACCACCAGAAGAUCGACCAACACCAAAUCUUGGUGAGCCUAUGCAUGGUCACAAACCAUCCGAUUCUUGGCAUUUCAUGAGUCCUCUAAAUAUGGGGCCAUUUUCAAACCCUGGUGUACAAGGUUUUGGGAGCCAGUUUCUUCCUCGGUCUGGGGAUAUGGCAAUGCCUUCUACUCUGGGUGGUCCUCUUGGCGUACAUGAUGGCUCUGCAGAUGUUGUGCUUUCUGGACGUGCAGUUUCAUCUUCUACAUCACAGCAGAGCUUUGACCAGUCUUUGCCACAAGUUCCCUCAAUUGGGCAGCAGCAAAUAUCACAAUUGCAAAGGCCACUUCAAUCACCACAAGAGUUACAAUCUUACAUGCAAACACAGAUGCCACUCCAGCAACAUGGUCAACUACAAAUUCCUCAGUCUGCGGGUCAAACCCCCUUCAGUCAUGCAUUGCUUGGUUUGGGUGGACAGUUAUUUGUUUCUCAGCCUCAGGUCCAGCAGAAUGCCUCAUCUGCACAACAAACCCCAAUGAAUACUAACUUACAUCCACAUCAUCCAUCUGCCGCAGCAAAUGAACAGCAGCUUCCACUCCAACAAUCAGCUUCUCAGUUUGCUCAGAUGCUGUCACAACAGAAGCAAACACUACAGGCAAGCUUUCAUUCAUCUCAGCAGGCUUUCUCUGAGCUUCAACAACAAUUUCAGUUGAUUCAACCUUCAAAUCAAAAUCUGAUGUCACAUCAGUUUUCUCAGGCUACCAAACAGCAGGUAGGUGUGGUUCUGGUUUUAUACUUCCUCAACGCGGAGGCAACAUUACUCCAGUGUAAUAAUGGCUUGUGCUAGGUUCAAUUUGUGUUU